AUGGACGAGUCGGCGGAGCUUAUCAAGAGCUUGACCGACACCCUUGAUGCUAUCAACAAAGUCCAGGCCCAACAGUCGAAGGCCUUUUCUGCACUGGCAAAGCUUCGCAUCACAAAGGAUGCCCCUGCAGCAGAUGUCUCCCGACAGAGGGAUCUUCAAGAGACUCAGGAGACUUUGGCGAAUGUCGUGAGCCUGCAGAUCAAGAUCAUGAAACAGCAUGCGGCGAAAGUGCUCUCGAGACAGCAAGCUGUGGCGAUGCCCCCCAAGCAGCAGGAGCAGAAGUCUGCCUGCGGUUUCCCAAAAUUCCGUCGAUUUCCCCCGGAAAUUCGGAGAAUUAUCUGGGAAAUGGCUCUGCCAGAUUCCCGUGUCUUCGAGCCAUAUGACAUUGGCGAAGUUCUGAUGCUCCGCAAACCCUUCAGACCUCCGGCGAUUCUAGCUGUAUGCAAAGAAUCUCGGGAGGUUGCGAACGAACACGGAUCCUUCGCUUUCGGCUGGGGAAACACGAUUGGUGGAAGCACCUGGUUUAACCCCAAGAAGGACGUCGUCAUCAUCGAUGACCCCGAAAUUUACGGAGAGCUUGAACCGACUUUUGAUCAAUGCCAGGCUGAGAUCCUCGCGUUCAACUGGGAUUACUUCCGAAGUGAUGAAGAAUUGGAGCACUUCUGGCAUUGUGUGAGGGACGUCGAGAGCUGCCGAAGAGUCAUGAUUCUCUACCGUUCACCGUCUAAUUACGCAUAUAGAAAAGGCAAGUCGCCAAAGCUCUUCGCUCUCCAGCCCAGCGAUGCUAUCUGGGGAAGCGGCAUGAUGAAUGGCCCGUUCUAUCUUCCUUUUCAAGAGGAAAUCACAUGGCAGGAAGUCAAGGACAAAAUGGAGUAUUUGUGGCGCGUUAAUCAUGACGAGGAUGAGGACGAGGACGAGACAUUUCCGUCUCUCGAGGGGAUGGAACUGAUCAUGUGCAAGGAGGAUUAG